AACAAGAGCUUUAACAUAUGCUUUUGCCUCCUCUCUUGAUCUCGACUCCACCACUAUAAAUAAUCUCUCAAACUCUUCCAAUCUCUACCAUCACCAAACAGCACAUUAUAUUUUUUCAUAAAGAAAAAAAUACACAAACAUCUUCCAAAUUAAUAAAUUUUUAAGAAAAUCAAAAAAACAAGAGCAAAGAUGCCUGCAAUGCUAGCAGAUGUGUUUAGAGGCCAUCCCAUUCACCUCCCACACUCUCACCAACCUGACUUCACAUCCCUCCGUGAGCUCCCGGAUUCUUACUCGUGGACCCCUAAAGACGAUAUCCUCUUCGCUGCUGCUCCUUCCCCUCCGACCGCGGUUGAAACCAUCCCUCUUAUCGACCUUGACCAUCCUGACGCGGCCAACCAAAUCGGUCAUGCAUGUAGAACUUGGGGUGCCUUCCAGAUCGCAAACCACGGCGUGCCUUUGAGUCUUCUGCAAGACGUUGAGUUUCUCACAGGUAGCCUCUUUGGGCUACCCGUCCAACGCAAGCUAAAGGCGGCUCGGUCGGAGACAGGUGUCUCCGGCUAUGGCGUGGCUCGUAUCGCAUCUUUCUUUAAUAAGCAAAUGUGGUCCGAAGGGUUCACCAUCACUGGUUCUCCUCUCAACGAUUUCCGUAAACUUUGGCCCCAACAUCACCUCAACUACUGCGACAUCGUUGAAGAGUACGAGGAGCGAAUGAAAAAGUUGGCUUCUAAACUGAUGUGGUUAGCACUUAAUUCACUUGGGGUCAGCGAGGAAGACGUUGAAUGGGCCAGUCUCAAUUCAGCAGAUUUAAGCUGGGCCCAAGCAGCUCUCCAGCUAAAUCACUACCCGGUUUGUCCUGAACCUGACCGAGCUAUGGGUCUAGCCGCGCAUACCGACUCCACCCUCCUAACCAUUCUGUACCAGAACAAUACCGCCGGUCUACAAGUGUUUCGCGAUGAUCUUGGUUGGAUCACCGUGCCACCGGUACCUGGCUCGCUCGUGGUCAACGUCGGUGACCUCUUCCACAUCUUAUCCAACGGAUUGUUUAAAAGCGUGCUGCACCGCGCUCGGGUUAACCAAACCAGAGCCCGGUUAUCUGUAGCUUUCCUUUGGGGUCCCCAGUCUGAUAUCAAGAUAUCACCUGUAUCGAAGCUGGUUAGCCCUCUUGAAUCGCCUCUAUACCGAUCCGUCACAUGGAGAGAGUAUCUUCAAACAAAAGCAACUCACUUCAAUAAAGCUCUUUCAAUGAUAGGAAAUCACAGAGAGGAAUGACCCAUGAGAUUAAUACCUAAUAGUUUUGUGCUCGGCUUAGUUAUUUUGAUUAAUAAAAUUGCUGUAAAUGAUUUUAGUAGUAUCAUUGUCUGUCCUCAAUCGUAUCUGUGUAUUGCAUUA